CAACUCCAAGGUUGGGACAUUUUCAUUACCUCGUCCUUCUCAUCCACAAUGCAAGAUACACAACGAGAGACCACGAUGGGACAGAAAGUAGACCCUGGGGUAGAUGAAUUGGGAUCCUUUACUCAGGUUUGUGUUUUCCUGCCUUUUAUUAAUGUUUGCUGAUAUAUUGUUAGGAGCUUGGUGGUCUCAAGGCUGAAUUCAGGUUCCUCACCUUGCCGUUGGAAAUUCGAAUGAUGGUGUAUCGAUUACUUCUUGUCUCCGAUGAGCCUAUUCCGGACUCGAGCCAACUCCGGUGUGUGGAAUACGCGGGGAUUUAUCCGGCGAUCCUCCGCACAUGCCGACAGGUUCUGAACGAGGCUGGAACCAUGCUUUAUGCUGAGAAUGUCUUCACUUUUGGGUUGGAGCCAGAGCAGGAUCAAGAGUUUGGAUGGUUUAGCGCGUGUAUCUACACUUUUGGGAGACAGAUGUCGGCCACACUUAGAGCCAGGCUACAGGACAUGAAGAAGGUGCGGAUUGAGGUCGACAAAGUGCCACGUUAUGAGUCUGAUGUCCGGGAAUAUGAAUAUCACCUGGGGGAUGCGAUCGAGGUUUUACUUAGAAUACCGUUGGACUACUUGUUCGUAGGACUCCAUUAUAAAGGCUGGACUGCAGGAAUUGUAAGUGUUCUUCGAGUUUUUUGAUGCCCCCUUUCUGCCCUCACCUCCUCUUUCCUCAAACAUGCUUCAAGACAAUACUAAUUCUGAGGUCCCCUACAGUCCGAGGCUCUGCAGCCAUUUACCGCUCUCCGAGGCAUUACUGAGCUUGUCCUCGAGGAUUUUCCGGAGGGUUACGAGCAAUAUCUUUGAUGGAAGAUCAAUGGCGAUUACCCAAGUAAUCCUCUAGUGAUCACGUAUGAUACGUUGGUCGCUGGAGCAGGUCACUUAGAUAUAUGCAGAGAUGAUAUUAGAGGCGUAUAUCAGGCGAUGAACGACAAUGACGAAUUGAAAGUUAAGCUCUGCAGAGAUGAAAUACUUCGCAAAAUUGACGAGCAGAUUGCUGAAUUGGUUAAAGCGAAGACAGAUAUUUGCAAAAAUGGUGUAGAGAGAUCUUGACGAGUUUCUUUUGGGGGUUAUAUUCGGAUCCUUCCUCGCUGCUCACCUUGUCUAGUACUAAUGCAUCACAGGGCGAGUGAAUUGAAACAGGUUGGCAAUUCGCGGCAUGUAAGAAAUGAAAUCUCGGGAGUGUGCAUAGCAGAUCAUUGUUCUAAAUCUAUCGGGAUAAUAAGUGGGAAUGGGCUCCGAUACAUACAGGUGUGUAUUUACUGAUCGGAUAUGGGAAAGCCAUAGCGUGUUUUGAAAGGGGUCAGUGGAUCAGAGAAUUUU